AUGUCGGCGUUCACGAGCGCUUUCGAGUCCCUCGUGGGCCCAACGCGAGCGCCCAACGCGGCGCGCGUAUCCUCUCGCCGCGCCACCCGCGGCGCAUCUACCGUCGCGGCGGCGGCCGAUUCCAAGAGCGCUGGCAAGGGCGAACAGGCGGAGCGCGCGCGCAUGAACAUCGCGUUUCCAACCGAGGAGCAGGCCGAGAUGAUGGAGAAGCUGGGGUUCGAUAAGCCCGGCCAGGAGGAUACGGUGCCCUUAGUGGCCGACAAGUUCAAGUGGGACGAGGAUAGGCCGUUUCACAGGUACCGAGACCUCGAGCACUUCAAGCACGACCUCUCGCACAUCCAGUACGGCGGCAAGGACGGCGUGGACGACAGGUCACCGGGCGCCAACCCGCGGGCACUCCCGUCGCCAAUCACCUACAGGGUCACAGUCCCGAAUGGCUACGAUAAAAACCGAGACGUCCCUUACCCGACGGUGGUGGCGGUGCCGGCGGACGCGGGGUUCGGGCAAGCGCUCAACGCGACGGGCGCCACGAAGGUCAUCUGCGACGACGAAAAGUUCCACGACAAGAACGAGUGCGUGGUUGUCGAACUCGGGUUCAACCGACCCACCUGGCUCGCGGACACCGUCGCCACCAACCACGAAUCUUUCUUUCUGGACGUCAUCCUCCCGCGGGUGCUGGCGAGGUACAACGUGGGGACCAUCUCCCUGAUCGGGUACGCCAACGGCGGCUUCGGCGCGCUCAACAUGCUGCUGAGGCACCCGCACCUGUUCCACCGCGUCGCCGUCGCCGACGUCCCCGUGCUCGGCGAUUUCACCGGGUACAUGCGACCGUGGGGACACGUGGACUUCGGCGGCGACGACGACGAGCUCAAGCCCCCGUGGGCCAGCUUCGCCGACGCCUUCCCGCACAACGCGAUGUUCCUACCCUAUAACGCGGGCGCCCUGGCGACGUGCGAGUACGUCAGCGGCGAGAUGGGGUUCAGCGCGAGCGGCGAGGCGAGGAUCGGGAUGUGGAGCGGCGCGAGGACGAGGUGGGAGAUGGAGCAGCUCGCGGAGCAGUUUGAGGAGUUUGGAGUCCCGCACAGGUUCAGCACCGAGUUCGACGACACAAACGCGGACUGGAACGGGGAGUGGCUCAAGGAGGCGCUGGCGUUCCUCGCCGCGGACAUGUAA